AUGUCGACCUUCACAGAUAUGUCACUCACUGACUUCCUCAUCCGCUAUUCCGAAAUCAUGGAAGAUGAAAGCAGUGAUAAUUUGGACCGAGAUCUUGUCAAUUUUGCACUAGCUGGUAUUGAUGUGGAUGAAUCUCGUUUUCGCAUCAACAUGGUCAACACCUACCGUCUUCGUAUCGGCGGUGGAAUGCCAAAUAUCACACGGGACUAUGAUUCAUUCAUCGGCUUUACCGACCGUAUUCCCAUCAAACGUGAUCUCUACUUGUAUGCAUUGCCUCCACAUCAUAUUUCAACAAUUGCGCAGUCAAUGCACCUCAAAGUUCCAUUUCGCACAUCAAAGGGCAUUCAAAACUUGGAUCCAUCGACGGUUCCAAAUGUCUUGCUUGGAAAAUACAAUGACCGACACCAGCUUCGAAUUUUCUUUCCAUCGCUGUGGUCUGAAACUCAAUCAUCAGUUAAACUGACCAGUGAAAAAGCCGAGAUGCUCUAUGACGAUAUUCUCUACCCAACGGUGGUCACGGUUGCUCCAGCAUUGGCAAAAGAUUGGCCGACAUCUCUUGAAGUGGAGCGUUUUCGUUCAAGAACCACACGAUCGGCUUUUCAGAACACCGCAUAUAUUCUCAGUGCCGACAUCAUCAGUCUGUUCAAGCACGAGCUCAGCCGCCGGUUGCAGGAGCACGAGUUCUUCAAACAUGCAGUCUUUUGCACACACAUUCAAGGAAUAAAAGCCUCUACCAUGCACGACAUGUCUGCACUCUCCGCGGAUAUCGCCCUGACAAGAAUGCUUGAAGAUUUUGACACCGUUCAAGGAUUGUGGUGGGUUGAUGUUGGCCUUGAAAUUCAAGACGGCGACCGCGCAAUUCUCUGGCGCAAGGAUGCAGCACCGAACUUGCUCUCCUAUGUGUUAGGUAACACACUUGAUGAAGCGGGGCGAAUCGUUCACAGCACACAGUUUCAAGAAGAUGUCAAUUCCCACUUACUCGAAGUUGCGGGAUUCCGUGUUGGCUUCGUGACCCCCAUCGGCGAUAACGAAAUUGCCUAUGUUCAAGCCUAUACUACCGACAAAAGCUUGACAUAUCACAAACACGGCUUUCAGCACUCGCAAGCUCUUACAGGGCUAGCUGCCCUAACAGGGAAUCCGCCAAAAUACUGCACCGAUCUUACCGCAGCAUACACGGAUGCAAAACAGAAGAAUGUGGCCGCAAGAUUGGAGGUUCGCCUUCCGAUUGAAUUUGCCUUGCAGUAUAUGCUCGAGUUCGACUAUGAUGUGCUUCGUCAUAGUGUUCUAAGUGUGCACCGGGAGAAUUUUUGGAAUUGGCGCAUCGUUCGAAUGGAUGCCUUCUCGCGACUUCUUUCUGCGAUGAAUGAUCAAAGUGCGGAGCAAACUGUCACUACCGCUGUUAUGAGCACCUACGCUGCCGUGGUUUGGAUGAUCAACGGCGUUCACAGCCGUCCGAAUUCUGAAUCAGGUGGUCGUGCGUGCCAGAAGAUUGCAAUACCAUUGUUUGAAGACUACAGCGCUACCGACUUGCAGGCUGCCGGUUAUGCCGACCGCGAACUCAACGCACUCGAAGAACAAUAUGCUGAGUCUCCUUUCUCCCCCUUCAAUGUUGUAUUCAUGCGACGCAUCUUCUUUCCACCUGAAACCAACACCGUGCGACUGCCAAUGGGACGCGUCCUUCCCGAGAAGUUCUAUAACUGGAUGUUCGGGAAGUCUCUCGCUGAUCUACGGCUUCAGUUCAAGGCUACUGGCAUUAUCAGACGCAGAGACUUACCUGCGCAACGGUAUCCGAUGAAUAAGGGCCUCAGUCGAGCACGCAUAGGACCAACUCCAGCGAGCGCGUUUUUCGUAGGCUUGAGCGAGAUAGAAGAAGAACCUGUUAUUGACGUGGGUCCGGAUGUCCCCGUGAAUCAACAAGUAUUCGACGAUGAAGAACAGGAGCGAACCGUCGAAGAGAAGGUGGCGGACAUUUGGGCGCAGUUCCCUUGCUGUGUCCUUCAGAAAAUAGGCAAUCCAAAGUCCAAGUGGUCGCUCCCGAGCUACUGCAGAAUCCAUCAGCAAGACAGGCAGAAGGUCACGAUCGAUGUCAUGAAAGACACGAACCUUGCGAAGGUCUUCGCGCGGGUUCAAGUCUCUCUUACAACCAUCCAACGGUGGCGUACAGCGUUCGAGGCUUGUUUCCCGCCGAAAGGUCACAUUACGCCCAAAUCCGCGCAGGCUUGGACCCAAAUGCGAUACUAUAUGAAUUGGAAGACGCUGGUGGCCUCUUUACAAGCCCCAGAUGCUGAUAGAGUGCGGGAAAUACUAUGGCACGAGUUCGAGAAACUUACCUGGAUCCCUGCCGCAACCGGUGAUCGACCAUGGCGCACGGACAGGCAAUCAUCAUGGACCCAGUUACCACCGCUGGACCACCAGGGGCCGUUCUCAGAGCCGAAUAUCCCCGGUCCCCAGAUUCUAUGGAGCCCAUUCGCAGACCCCAACAUAGUUUGGGAUCCCUCAGUUCCACUUGUACUCGCGCUCCCGCCUGCAGGUUCGUUGCGAGUCAAUGGCGAAGUUCCGGAUGUGCGACUCGCUGAUGAAGAUGAGCUAUCUGGUGACGAAGCAGAGGAAGCAGAAGUUUUGCGAGAGAUAUCUGUUGUAGACGACGGGCAUCCUGGUGGCCCGCGCGGAAGGAGGGAAAAUCGUGAAGAGAGCGCCCCAGCAAUUCAGGGGGGCAGCCGUCAGAGUACCGCCAACUCUAAUCGACACGGGCACUGUAGUCGCCCGCGCGCGCAUGGGCAGCAACGCGCCCUGACAGACUUCUUUGAACCUCCACGAAGUGGGAGUCCAUUCGCAUCUCCGCGAAUUGGGACACCAGGUGGCCCGCAGAGGAGGCAGAGCACUCUGUCUGAUUUCUUCACACCUCCACGCUCAGGUCGCCCGAGCGCAACGCCAGUGGGAAGUCGUGCUAGUAGUCGCGCAGCAAGCCUGGCACCCAACGGGCCACCUGGUCGCCCGAGCGCAACGCCAGUGGGAAGUCUCAUCAACAGGACUCACUCGUCCUUGGGGCGCAGAUCACGGAGAGAGGAGGAGGAAUCCCAAGACAGUGUGACGCCCGAUCCGAAGAGAAUCAGGGUUGGGCUGGAGGACGACGGCGACGACGAAAUUGAGGUGAUGGGAGUGGACGAGGAGCGGCGUGUUGUCGAUAUUGAAGCUUUGAGGCAGGAGGAAGAAGAAUCCUCAGAGUGA